AUUUUUAGAAAUGGAAUGUCCAUGAAGCCCGCUUAUCCUCUCCCGGGACCUAGCCGCCGUAAAUUAAAAGUAAGUAGCUACCCACAAGUAACUCAGUUAAAUGUGAACAACGUAUUUGUUGGAAAAAAUAUUUCAGGUGUGGAUAAAAAUGCCCCGCGCAAACCAUUGACUGCUUUUAUGCUGUUUAUGAAAGCCAGACGAUCCAGUUCCGAAUAUGUAGCAUCGCUUCCUUUCAAAGAGCGAAAUCGUUUACUCGGUGCUGAAUGGAGCGAACUACCGAAAGACGAGAAACAGGCCUACUGUUCAAAAGCCGCUGAAGAACGAGAAAAGUAUAAGGUUCUCCUGGCCGAAUACAAAUCAACUGACGCGUAUAAGGCUUGGUUGGCCUCCAGUGAUAAUCAUGUUAAAAAGUCUAAAGGGAAGCGAGGCCUGGCGCGCGAAUCAGAACCCAAUCCGUAUGAAUCCAACUUCAAAGUGUCUAUUUUCACCGGGGAUUUCCUUCAAUACAAUCGUCUGAGAGAAGUAGUGCUUCGUCAACUGAAGAAACAAGUAAGAAUCAUUCUUCUUUUACUUUUUCGUUACAUAACAGUUAUGGAGUGUAUCACAAAUCUUUAUAGAUAUGACACCAAAAUAACCUUAGAUUAA